GAUUCGAACGCUACCUUCUCCUUGAGACAAUCAGUCGAAAAGACUGCCGAGAAAAGAUCGUGCCUCUCUACCUUCCGUCAUAGAACCUCGGCUCUGAGACGUUAAAUCGAGGAGGAAGAUCUCACGGAAGGUCGAGCAUGUAUCUACCGCCCGGUUCCUCGAGAUGGUUGGAAAAACGUUGCGACGAGACGGAUGCCGCCGAUGACUUGGCGGAACGGAUCGGAUCUCUCUUGCUCGAUGAUCGUUUCUCAGACAUCAGCUUAAUCGUCGAAGGGGAAGCACUUCCAGCGCAUAGAAUCAUUCUCGCCUGCUCCUGCGAAUAUUUCAGAGCUCUCUUGUUCGGAGACUUGGAAGAGUCACGCAAGACCCAGAUAGUCUUGGAAGAUGUCCCCUUGAGGGGAAUGAAAAUAUUCCUCACAUACGUAUACACGGCAAAACUGGAUCUGAAGGAGCUUGAGGCGGCGACGGCUCUCGAAGUGAUCGGAAUCGCUCACAUGUACGGACUCGAGAAGCUCCUGAGGAAACUGAGCGAUUUCCUUAAACGGAAUCUGUCGGUCGAAAGCGCCUGCUCUAUUCUUGAGAGGGCAGAGCUGCUGGAACUCGACAGUCUCAGCGAAGCUUGUCGUGAUUACAUGGGUCAUCAUGCGAGCGCCAUCCUGAAGACCAGAGAAUUUUGUCAUCUCCCAGCGAAAACGCUGUCUCGACUCCUGAGUCGCGAUACGUUCUGCGUCGAAGAGGUGGAGAUCGUCAUCGCCAUCAAGCUAUGGCGCGAAAUGAAUCCAGAUCAUGGCAACUUCCCGGAGAUACUCGAGGUCGUACGACUCUCUCUGAUAUCAACAGCUGAUUUGGUUACCAUCGUUCAAGACUCGGGGCUCUUUUCGGCGGAGCGCCUAUUGGAAGUCAUCCGGGGCAAAGAGAUCGACCGCAUAGAUCCUCGUGGAAAGCUUAUAAAACGUCGACAUCCGGCUCCGGCUAAUCACCGGGUUUUCACAUUGACUUGAGAGCAUUCAAGAGAGACGUCACUCUGGCCUGAUUUUUCUCUUUCCGAUAACCUCCUCUACCGAGACGGUUGAAUUUCACGAAAAAGCCAUGGUUCCAGCUGAGGCUUAAGGGGAAAAAAUCGGAGAAUGAAGCCACCGGGAAGGAUGGGGCAUCUUCUCCUGUCAGAUGUGAUAUCGGGUAGCUUCAGAGACAACCUUCAUAUAUUGUUCAGUAAACCUUAUCGUUUUCGGGAGAAUGCCCAAAACAA